AUGUCAGCUUUCGAAAUUGAACAUUUAGCAAGUUGCAUUACUGCUCACGCAUGGAAUGCUGAUAGAUCAAGAGUCGCUUUAUGCCCAAAUAAUAAUGAAGUACACAUUUAUGCCAAACAAGGAACCUCAUGGGUUGUUGAACAUGUUUUAGCUGAACAUGAUCAACUUGUUACAUCAAUUGAUUGGGCACCAAAAACUAAUCGUAUUUUAACAUCAUCACAAGAUCGUAAUGCAUACGUUUGGACAUUUAAAGAUGGUCAAUGGAAACCAGUAUUAGUAUUACUUCGUAUUAAUAGAGCAGCCACUCAUGUUAAAUGGUCACCACAAGAAAACAAAUUUGCUGUUGCAACUGGUGCCAAAUUGGUAUGUAUUUGUUUCUUUGAAGAGGAACAUGAUUGGUGGGCAUCAAAUCAUAUCAAGAAGCAUAAAUCAACCGUAUUAAAGGUUGACUGGCAUCCAAACAAUUUAUUAUUGGCAACCUCAUCCUCUGACUACAAGGUUAGAGUAUUCGACGCCUACAUAAAGAAAGCCGAUGGUCGUAGUGUCACUCGUCCAUACGGUGAAGUCGCUUUUGGUGAACCAGUCUUUGAAUUUGACCAAUGCGCCUCAUGGGUCCAUGCCCUCAAAUGGUCCCCAUCCGGUAGUACCUUGGCUUACUCCUCACACGAUGGUGUCUUUGCCGUUGCAAACUUUUCAACCAAUCCACCAACCAUCGAAAAACUCAGAGUUCGUAAUUUACCAUUACGUGAUCUCCUUUACAUCACUGAAAACUCUAUCGCCGGUGUUGGUUACGAUUGUGCUCCACUUUUAAUCACUAAUCAAAACGGUUGGAAAUAUUCUGGUGAAAUGGAUAAGGCCUCUGAAGGUGGUGCUGCCGCUGGCUCUGAAACCUCUGCUCGUAAACUCUUCCAAAAUAAAGUAGACCUUGGUGAAUCAAAAUCUGCCGAUAAAAAGUUAACAACCGUUCAUCAAAAUUGUAUUACUUCAAUCGUUCCAUUCAAGAGUGUAGGUGGUGUCGUCUCUGAUUUCAGUACCUCUGGUUUAGAUGGUAACAUUGUCGUAUGGCAUGUAAAAGCUCUUGAAGCUAAAAAUAAAUUCAAAGUCAUUUAA